AUGGCGGCGGGAGGAGACGAGGGCGGCGGCGGGUCCGCGUUCGAGGACCUGGUCGACGACAUGCUGACGAGGUUGUGCGACAGGAUACGGGAGAAGUCGGUGAACGAGAAGCUGCGGCACAUCGUCUUCCCCAUACCCUCCUUCCUGCUGAGCUACGUGUACGCCAUCAUCGCCUUCGGGACGGUGUCCUUCGGCAUCUCGUCGGCCUGCCUCCUCGUCCUGCUCGUACUGCUCAACCGCACCAGGCCCGCCCCGGCCGUGGCGCAGGAGGCCGUCGACAUCGCGAAGAAGAACGCGAACCUCGCGACGAGGGUGGCGAACAUCUCCCAGAGCAUCGCCAAAAACACGAGCGACGAGGGUCUCGCCCAGGUGGCCGCAUCCCACGCUCGGGACGCGAACAGGGAGAAGAACGAGGCCGUGAGCAUGGCGGCCCGCGCCGAAGAGGUCGCCGCGGCCGGGGACCGCAGCGGUGCCGCGAACGCCGCCCUCAACGCCCUCGAUCACGCUCAGAACGCGGCCCAGUACGCCCAGCUGGCGGCCAAUGCCGCGGCCAACGCGGGGACUCCGAAGCUGGUGGUGGAGGACGCGAUGCGGAAGGCGCAGGACUCGCACGACCGGGCGGAGGAGCGCAAGACGGGCAUCCUCGCCGCGCUGCGACGGUACCUGGCCCGGGUCCGUGCCGCCCUGUGA